GAGAAACACACAAACACAAACAAGAAACAGCAAAUAGAAACACCAAGUACUGAAGUGCCUAGCAGCGCUUGUAGUACACAAAUAGAGAGAAAAGCGUUGCCUUUAUUUUGAUAUAAAUGAAAAGGUGAAUUCGUGUGCAGAUAUGGUGCGUGUAUGUGUGUAUUUGUCUCUGGUGUUGUUGUUGGGUUUUAGUCUCUCUGGACCUGUGAAUGGAAGACGAACUCGAUACAAGCCAAAGCCAAAACCAAAACCAAAGCCAGGUGAAAAUCCCAUUGAGGAGAUUGCUGCAGUUCGGAACUUUGAUGUCAAUCAGAUGAGUGGAAAGUGGUAUCUGCUAAGUGUAGCGUCAAGAUGUAAGUACCUUUUAGAGCAUGGCUUUAAGGUGGAGGGCACCAUCAUUACUCUGACUGCUCCCGUCUCAUCCAACGAACCACUCAAAGUGAGCACCUUCACCAAACUCAAUUAUCAGUGUUGGGAGAUUCAACAGCGGUAUGAGACAACAAAGACUCCAGGCCAGUUCCUACUGAGAGCAAAAAUACCAGCAAAGAACAAUGACAUAUUCAUUGUAGACACAGACUACAAAUCUUAUGCCAUGUUACUCUACAAGAUGAAGGACAAGCUCACCUUUAAACUCUACGGACGCUCUCCAGUAAUCGCUGAAAGCAUCGUGGACAAAUUUGAGGACAUGGCACAGAAACAAAAUCUGGGCUUGGAUGUUACUUUCCAGUUUCCUAUUUAUGGGUUUUGUCAGUCUGCAGACAAGGAGCACACACUUGUAAUGACCUGAACAGGAUCGUUUUUGUGAAAGACGUCUGUGGAUAACUGCUUCAUUGUAACUGUGAGCGCAAGAAACAAAAUCAGACAUGUGAUAGAGAUAAUAAAAAUGAUCAAACUCA